UUAUUUGGACACAGCUAAUAUAGGAGUUUGCAAAUGAUUAUGCAUAUUUGUAAUGGGUUUUGUUUUUCUUGCCUUCUCAAUGAGGGAGGGAGGAGGAAGGCGAGAUUAGAACUGAAAAUAAGAUAAAACUGAAUGUUUUAAAAGUGCAUUUGACAGAGAGGACAGGGCUCACUGUCUUGUCAGUCUGGUAGGACAUGGAGGGAUGAUUUGUUUAUUUUUAUCUUUCAUUAGCAGGGCUUCCCUGCCUCAGUCUCAUGGUCCACCCUCCCAUGUAACAAUGAUAGUUACAGUACCAACAGCUACCAACUCCACUGAGGAAGGGAAUGUGUCUCCUCUGGAAAUAGCCAUCGUCAUUGCGCUGCUGUGCCUGUGUGGCCUGGUAGGGAAUGGGACCGUCAUCUGGCUUCUCAGGUUCGGCAUAAAGAAGAACCCCUACUCUGUUUACAUUUUCAACUUGGCCAUCGCUGACUUCUUCUUCCUCCUCUGCAUGUUUCUCUCAAGCGUUCUUAACAGGCCUGAAUUCGGUCCCUGGUCCUGGCACAUUUCUGAGGUCUUUAGGAGAACAAGGUGCCUCGCUUACGUCCUGGGACUGAGCCUGCUGGCCGCCAUCGGCACACAGCGAUGCCUCUCUGUCCUCUUCCCCAACUGGUACCGAUGUCACCGUCCCAGGAAUCUGUCUUCCCUGGUGUGUGCAGUACUGUGGGUUCUGGCCAUCCUGGAGAGUCUGGCAGCUAUUUAUUUCUGUGUUGUGCAAAAGGAAAAUAAGAAUUCGUGUCGAAAAGUAGACUUGUUUUUUAUGGUUUUGAUUUUUGGCAUCUUCACCCCAGCGAUGUGUGUAUCCGGCUUGACCCUGUUCAUUAAAGCCCGGAGGAUCUCCCUAAAGCACCAGCCAGCAAGGCUCUACAUUAUCAUCCUGGUCACCAUCUUGGUGUUUCUCAUCUGUGCCCUGCCCCUCUCAGUCCAUUGGUUUAUUAUUUACUGGCUCUGCUUGAGGGAGAGACCGAACGUUAUUUUCUAUGGUGUGGCUAAAAUAUUCUCUUGUGUGAACAGCACGGCCAACCCCAUCAUCUACUUCAUGGUUGGGAGUCAGAGGAAGAAAAGAUUUCAUGAGCCCCUCAGGGUCACACUAGAGAGGGCUCUCUGGGAUGAAAAGCUGGGAUUGGAUAGUCGUGGGGCUCAGGACGGAGGUGAGGAUAAUACAAAUGAGGAGCUCCCGAGGGUAACCACCAAAUGUAGAGACCCCCAACCUGUUUGACAGCCCCAGCCUGCGCCCACCUGAUCCCACUGAUGUUUCCCUGGCCCUCGAUUUGCUUGCCCCAACUCUUCAUCUGAGGCUUUCCUGGAUGCCAGGAGUACCGAGCUACCAAGAGUGUACUGACCCAGAUGCCAAGAUGCCUCAUCCUGCAAAAUGGAAUACGUCACCCACCGGCUGUGCUAGUGCAUUUCAGAAGCGAAUCUGAUGGUGGGGAAACAUGACUAACUUGUAGCUUUAAUUGGAGACCACUCUCCCCAAGGGCUGAAGGGGCAUAGGGGAGAGUGUGCCCCAGGGCAUUGUGGGGGAAAUAUUUGCACUUCUGUUAUUGCUUUAUAUUCUCAGUAAAUAUCUCUUUGUAAAAGCUAAUUGAUAUUAAUUGGUUAAAAGACAACAGGCACUAAGCAUGGGCAGCUGAUAUUGAGGGGAACACAAGAUGAGGGGCUUGAGCCCCUGGUAGAGGGGUCUCUGGUACCGUUUGAUGGAGAUGUAGCCUUGCCUGGGGACCUCAGAGGACGUUCCUGUGGUUGGCCUCAGCCCCUGUCUCUUGCUUUGAGCUAAUCAUGUCUUGCUCCCAUCAGAAGGGUUCAUUAUCUCUUGCAUAUCUUUCUAGCGAAUUCUAAUCUGAAUA